AUGUCAAUGCAAAAACUUACUAAAGAAUUAGAGAAACUUUUUAUUCCAACGUAUUCAGAAUCGACCAUUACUGAACGACUUGAUAAUCUUAUCAAACGAUAUGGUGUUCUACAGGUUGAAGCAUGGAGAAAUAUGUCCGAUGGUACAAAAAAUACAUUAUUACAUGAACUUGUUCAGAGACAGUAUUUUGAUGUCAUUCGAUAUAUUGUUCCGAAAUUUAAUUUAAAUAUAUCAAUUACACGAGAAACAGAUAAUGUUACUCCUUUUGAACUAGCUCAUUCUCUACAAGAUUGGAGAAUGUGUAAUCUUUUGUUAGAAUUUGGAAAUGAUAAAACAUCUACAGAUACAUAUGAUCAUUAUGCUAUGAAAAAACAAAAAGAGAAAAUGAUGAAUAUUGUUUGGAUGGAUUUAGAAUUUACAUCAUUUGAUAAUCCAGAAAUUUUAGAAUGUGCUGUUAUUAUUACAGACAAAGAUCUUAAUGAAUUAGAAAGAAAGGCAUGGAUUGUUCAUUUUGAGAAAGAAAUUCUCGAUGGACUCGGUGAAUGGCAUCAAAAUGCAUUUAAAGAUCGUAAUGAUGGUGGAAAUGGAUUAUUUACUGAUGUUAUUGCUUCAAACAUAACAAAAGAACAAAUGGAACAAGAAUUAUUAGAUUUACUCAAACGUCAUUGUCCAGAAAAAGCAUGUCCGUUAGCUGGUAGUUCAAUUCAUGUCGAUCGAGAAGUUAUGAAAACACAAAUGCCUACUGUUCUCAGUUAUUUACAUUAUCGUGUUAUUGAUGUUAGUUCAUUUAAUGAAAUGAUGAAAAGAUGGGCACCAGCGACAGCAUCACGGUUUGUAAAAGAAAUAGCAGCUAAUGGAAGAGUUGAAGUCAGUCAUAGAGCAAUGGAUGAUAUCGAAUGGUCUAUUGAACUUAUGCAAAUGUUUCGACCAUUAUUAACAGCACGAAGUAAAAUAAAUGAAUUUGGUACAGGCGAUCGAAAUCGUCCUACAUCAGAAAGAUCUAUUAUACAAAAGAAUAAAUUACCAUUGAUUAUAUCGAAUAUUGAUCGAUCAAUAUUAUAUAGUGAUGAAAAAUACUUAAUGAAACGAUUAAUGUAUGAACGAGAAUUUGAUGUAUAUAGUUUAACAUUAAAUAAUAAUGAUCAACAUUUAUAUGAUCAAAAUCCACAUUUAAGAGAAGUUUUUAUUAAUCGUCAAGAACUUUUGAUUUAUCAUGGAGAGUUUACCGAUAAAAAUCGUUUACUCGAUCUAUCUCCAAAUGAAUAUACGAUUACGAAAUCAAGUGUAGAAGAAUUGAAUACGACCGAAUAUUGGGGACAACGAAAAUUACUCUUAUCAGAAAUAGAAUUUUUAACAAGUUAUGCUACAGACGAUAAUUGUUUGGUUGUCUAUACUGGUGCUGCGCCUAGAACACAUUUAGAUUACUUGAGUUCAUUGUUUCCUGAACUUGAAUUUGUUCUCAUUGAUAUAGAACCAUUUGUUGCAUUUAAAAGUGAUAAAAUAAAAAUUCAAUCCGAAUGUUUUACAGAAGAUUUGGCAAAAACAUUUUCAGAAAAAAAUAAAAAUAUUUUGUUUAUUUGUGACAUUCGUACUUUCAGUAGUCAUAAUAAUAUCGCCGAAGAUAUACAUACAGAUAUUUCUAAUCAAAUCAUAUGGCAUUCGACAAUAGAUCCUCACGCUUCUUUACUAACAUUUCGUCUGCCAAAUGUAUCGGAUACAAUUUUAUUUUUCGAAGGCCAUUUGCUAUUGGAUACAUGGACAUCAAGACGAAGUAUGGAGUGUCGUUUAAUCGUUGAAAAAAAUGCACAAAUGAAAACAUAUGAUAAUGUAGAUUUUAAAAGAGCUAUGAAUAAUUUUCAAAAUAUAACGAGAACAAUGUAUUAUGAACAUGAUUUGGAUACUGUGGAAACGGAAGGACUCGAUCAUUGUUAUGAUUGUCGAGCAGAAAUAUUUAUUUUACAAAAAUAUCUCAACAAAACGAAGAUGUUUACUGAUGAAAGAGAAUUAAAAAAGAAAAUUGCUGAAUUAUCUUAUAAUAUAUCAAGAAAUAUUGGUGAAAAAAAUAGACAACCAAUUAUAAAUGGUGUACGAACAUUAAAUGUUAUUCGAAAAAGGUAA